AUGCAUUGGUACGGUGACGCUCGCGAGGAACUGCCGGAUGGGAUCACACUGUGCGAAACGCAAGUCGCCGGUCACACAGCCGCACAGGGGUGCCUCGGGUUGCUGAAAUCGGCCACCGACGGGACGGUCCUGAAACCGACGGGAAAAGUACUCUGUGGCAUCCGAGAGAUUGGCUUCUAUGAACGGUUGGAAGCGGCCCAACGGUUGGAAAACGGUAGCGACAAUGACAAUGGUUGCUACGAUUGGAUGCUGCUAGAGCUAAGCAAAUUGGUACCACGUUACUAUGGACACCCGAAGCUGCCCAUCGACGGAAAGGAGGUGGAAUUUAUCCAGCUGGAAGACCUAACCGAGGGCUACGAGCGGCCGUGCAUAAUGGACGUGAAAAUAGGACGCCGCACGUGGGACCCACUGGCCACGCCUGAGAAGCGGAAAGCGGAAGAGAGCAAGUAUCGAGCGUGUCGGCAGCACCUUGGGCUAUGCAUCCCGGGCCUGCAGGCAUACUCCGUGCACGACCAUGGCCGACUGAUACGGCACGGCCGGGAUUAUGGCAAAAAGUUAACCGAGGUCAACAUUCGUGACGCAUUCCUAGUGUUCCUGAACGCCGAUCGGAAUGGGCACGUUUGCAGGGAACUGGUCGAGUCUUUGCUACAGGCUGUGCGUCCCAUCCAAGACUGGGCCCACCGGCAAACCACAUUCCGACUGUACUCAAGCUCCGUGCUGUUGGUGUACGAUGCGGCACGGCUAAAGCAAAAAAUCCACAAAAGUCUGACUAGAGAUAAUAUUUCCCCGGCUGCGAUGCAGCGGCCAUUGGCCGUGGCAAAAAUGAUCGAUUUUGCACAUGCCUUUACGACUGAAGAGUCGGAACCAGCUGCGGGUUCAGAGAGCACCGUAGACGCCAACUACAUACACGGAGUAGACAGUCUGGUGGCCAUAUUGGAACAGUUUCUCGAUAGCGGCCCGCUCUGAGAACCGCGUCCAAAGUUGUACGUGACUUAAGUAGGUAAACGUGUAACCAUACCAAAAUCCCAACAAAUUGCCAUUCACUUUUAGGCAUCGCGAGGAGGGUCCUCGCGGUGCCCCCUUUAGGUUUCGGCUCCUUUUACGAAUAUACUGCGUCAUACCAAACUGUGCACAACAAGCAUUUGGGGCACAAAGCCCGACUGAGGGCCUGAUGAAUAAAAGUAAAAGUAUC